AUCUACUUAUUGCAGGAGGAGGCCGCUCCUUCUGAACACAACGCUAUUGAGGCUGUUGUGAUUGAAGCCAAGCUGGAAGUUGAGCGUCUAGAGAAGCAGGUCGAGGACAUGUUGGCAGAAGAGAAUGGAGCCGAGAACCCGCUCUUAGACGAUGUUUAUGACCGUAUUGAGCAACUAGAUCCCCAAACUUUUGAGACUCGCGCUGCUACCCUUCUUCACGGUCUGGGUUUUUCCAAGAAAGAUAUGCUCAAGGCUACCAAGGACAUGUCCGGAGGAUGGCGUAUGCGUGUUGCCCUGGCCAAGGCCCUGUUCGUUAAGCCCACCCUUCUUUUGUUGGAUGAGCCCACUAACCACUUGGAUCUCGAGGCCUGCGUGUGGCUGGAGGACUACCUUUCCAAGUACGAUCGUAUUCUCAUCCUCAUUUCGCACUCUCAGGAUUUCCUGAACGGAGUCUGCACCAACAUCAUGAACCUGAACCACAAGCGAAAGCUCGUGUACUAUGGUGGUAACUACGACACGUACGUCAAGACCCGCGCUGAAUUGGAAGUCAACCAGAUGAAGGCCUAUGUCAAGCAACAAGAAGAAAUUGCCCAUAUCAAAAAGUUCAUUGCCUCGGCCGGUACCUACUCGAACUUGGUCAGACAGGCAAAGUCCAAGCAAAAGAUCAUUGACAAAAUGGAGGCCGCCGGUUUAGUUGAGAAGGUAGAUCCACCCAUGCUCUUCAAGUUCAAGUUCUCGGACACGGACAAGUUGCCCCCUCCAGUGUUGGCCUUUGACGAGGUCGGCUUCGCAUACUCUGGAGAUAUAAAGGAUGCUCUGUACAGAGGCGUUAACCUCGGAAUCGACAUGGACUCGCGUGUUGCAUUGGUCGGGCCCAACGGUGCUGGAAAAUCGACCUUGCUCAAGCUGAUGACGGGCGAGCUGAGCGCGACAGAGGGACGUAUUCAACGUCACAUGCAGCUCAAGCUUGGCAAAUACAAUCAGCACUCUGCGGACCAACUCGACAUGGAUCUCUCGCCUAUUGACUACAUGCGCAGGCGUUUCCCGGAUAUGCAGCAAGAUACCGAUUUCUGGCGUCAACAGAUUGGUCGUUAUGGACUUACAGGAUCUCAUCAGACUUCGCCCAUCGGUCACUUGUCGCACGGUCUACAGACCCGCUUGGUCUUUGCCGAGUUGGCCUUGUCUCGUCCCCACAUGCUCUUGUUGGACGAGCCUACCAAUCACUUGGAUAUGGAGUCGAUUGAUUCGCUGGCAGAGGCUAUUAAGAACUUUUCUGGAGGAGUCGUUUUGGUUUCUCACGACUUCCGACUGUUGAAGGAGGUCGCCGACACGAUUAUUGUGGUCGAUAAGGGUGUCUCAGUCUUCGAUGGCACCAUCCUUGAGUACAAGAAGAUCUUGCAGAAGAAGUCGCGCGAGGCCAGUGGACUCAACUAGUUGAAUAACAUCGACAGUAACAACAACUGAAAAACUAACAGAAAGACACAAAAACACCAUAAAAUCAACGGACAGCCUUGUUUCCCAGGUUUCAAUACAUAUACACACUUGCAUCCUCAUAGACGUCGCGAGAACGCUUGCGUUUUAACAGAUCGAAUAAACUGUCAUGUAACAUUCA